UGUGUUCCAUUGAAUGGAAAGAGUGGAAACAGAGAGACAGCAGGCUGCAGGUUGAGGUUGAAAGCUGUUCCCUAGCCGGACAGAAGAGAGAGAAACAUAAACAGGAAGCGGCAGGGCAGAGUCUGGGCAGAGUUUGGGGAGUUGUUGGACAGCCAUUGCAGUGUCGUGGCUUAGUAACAAAACACGAAACAGGAGAGGAAGACCUGGCAGUUCACAGGCUCUCUUUUUCCGACCACGGGACCCAUUUAUAUGACCAUUAGAGUGAACACAUUCGGCUUAUCAGUCUACACCUGAACAACGGGACCCAACAGCUCCAGAUAUGUCCUUCGUUUUUGAAUACCUUUAUAGCAGUUUCAAUAGCAUGCUACAGUUUUUAGGACUGUACAAGAAAUGCGGCAAGUUAGUAUUUCUUGGCCUGGAUAAUGCUGGAAAAACGACGCUUCUGCACAUGCUCAAAGAUGACAGAUUGGGACAGCAUGUGCCAACUUUACAUCCAACCUCAGAAGAGCUGACGAUCGCUGGCAUGACUUUUACCACCUUUGACCUUGGAGGCCACGCACAAGCCCGCCGAGUUUGGAAAAACUACCUCCCUGCCAUUAACGGCAUCGUCUUCCUUGUAGACUGUGCAGACCAUGUCAGGUUGGCUGAAUCAAAAGCAGAACUUGAUGCAUUAAUGACAGACGAAACUAUCGGAAAUGUGCCUAUCCUGAUCCUGGGCAACAAGAUCGACAGAAAUGAUGCCAUCAGUGAGGAGAAACUGAGGGAACUGUUUGGAUUGUAUGGACAGACGACAGGCAAAGGCAACAUUGCCAUGAAGGAGCUGAACACAAGACCACUGGAGGUGUUCAUGUGCAGUGUAUUGAAGAGGCAGGGCUACGGUGAUGGUUUCCGCUGGCUCUCCCAAUACAUUGAUUAAAGCAGCCAAGCCCCGUAAUACACCACCACCACCAUCAGGGGGGAUGCUAAACCCAACCACUCAAGACGCCCAUCGAUGCCACCAGUACCAUCUUACUCAGCCCCAUGUUUGGCUAACAAGUCUGCCUCCCCCUUCAGAGAAAGCAGUACAACUUGAUCCCAAUAGACUUUUAUUGGUCGAACAUUUGGUUCCGCACUUACAGAAAUCAUACCUGUUUGAGCACACACACACACUCAUGUUCAUCGCCGUCUUUUUCUAAGAGAGUAACAUAGCAUUGGUUCCACCGCAAAGGGUGUUGAAAUUCAAAAGGAUGACUCUUUUCUAUAUUGUGUUUGUCAUUUGCUGCCCUUGUCUCCUCCCAUUCUGCCAUCAGUUGAGUGUGAUGAUAGAUGCAUUAUAACUGUAAAUCUUUAUAUGAUUCCAUUGGUAUAUCAACAAUCCUGAUGCCUCUGUCCCCUCUUAAACUCAUUUUGAGCAGUGAGAGAGAGCAACGUAGUUAUAUACAUUGCAGUACACUUUUUUAACAGUGAAGACAUUCAUUCAGCAUUGUAUUUAAUCAACACGUUUUGGUUUGUCCUGUUUCCAUUUUCUUUUCUCUCUUUUUUUUUUUUUUUUUUUUUUUUUUUUUUACAUUUCAAUAAAUAAAAUGUGUGGCCACAUAUACAGCCUUCACUAUAAAUGCUUGGCUGUUCACUGAUUUAUACAAAUUGACCAGUGCAUUUAACUUAGUGUAUCAGAUAUUUGAUUGAUUCUUUUAGGGUUACAUGGAAGCUAAAGUACUUUGUUCCAGACUUUUCUGUCUUGUGGGCACAGUUGCAUUGAAUGGAUUCAAGUAAUCUGUGGGCUCCCCUUUUAAAGAAAGGCCCAGGGUGGUAGUGCAGCAGAUGGUAUAGAAUUUUUAAUAGAAAAUAAUAAAGGCUAUAUAACCCAGGAAAUGUUGAUAAAAUUGUGCAGACGGCACGUGGGUCAGUUGAUGCGAUGGAAACUAUUUAAAUAAAUGAAACUUUGGGAUAAAUAGCUUGAUAAUAACAUGCAGUAAGAGAUGAAGGGAGGAGUAGACAGAUGGUUAUAACAUCUAGUAAUCAUCAUUCUUAGAAGUCCAUCCUACAGGGAGAAUCUAGUGACCAAGCGUAGAUAACAGAGGACAUAGUCCUAUAGCGGGAACAGGUAGAUAGGCCCACGAAGCCUCUAAGAAAGGGACCAUAUAUAUAUGAAAUGUACAUGAACACCGUACAUGGAUUUUGUUUUAAUAAGUGGUAUCCUUUGAUCUAUGUGCAUUAUGAGAAACUAUUAUGCAUGCCUUGUUCUUUUGAUUUUUGAUGACUGAUACUCCAGAGAGAACCACAGGAGUGGGAAAGAUGCCAAAAUUUACAAUAAAAGCUGAUUGUCAUGUAUUUCUUUUCUUUUUUAACAGAAACAACGGAAUUGCGCUUAAUACACGUUUUUUCUGUCCCUGUCCCUCUGUGUCUAUUUCGUUCCCUCAUGACUAUGUGAUGAGCUGUUCCAACAAGAGUGGGACUUGCUGUUGUUUGCAUCAUAAAAAUGUAAUAAAUGUUUUCAAUGAAUAACAGGCUUUAAAA